GCGUUCUAUUUCUGGAGGCGGCGUCUGGAACGAUUCCGCGCCGUGGGAAUUCCGUGACGUCAGACGUGCUUUGUGGCGGUUAUUAGGGGCGGGGCGGGAGGUGUCUGUCUGGCGGCUUCGUCCUUCUGGAGUUGGGGGGCUUGCCCGGCUUCAGCGUUGAGGGGAGCGGGUUGCGGAAGCGACGGGAGAGAGUCCUCAGGAGCCCCACCUCCAUGACCUCACAAAGGGCCCAUUUCCAAAUAACAUCAAAGUGAGGAUCAGUGUUGCAACAUACGAAUUUGUGGCGCACAAUAGUAAGUCUCUUAAUACAGAUGCUGGCUUCCUAGAAAGAGGCAGCUUCUGUAAAUGAAAAAAGGUAGAUCUCAAGUCCAGAAAUUACUCCCUGCAGAGGCUGCCCUUGAGGAGACACCCGUAUCAGGAUUUCAGGGAAGAUACUGAAAGUGGUGGCCACUUCCUGAAAGCUGUUGAAAUGACUCAGUCCCAGGGCAUAUUGUCGUUCAGUGAUGUGGCUGUAUAUUUCACCUGGGAAGAGUGGCAGCUACUAGACACUGCUCAGAAGAAUCUCUACCGGGAUGUGAUGUUAGAAAAUCAUAGCAACCUAAUGUCAUUGGGUUAUCAAGCUACCAAGCCAGAAGCAAUGGUCUACUUGGAAAAAGGAGAAGAACGAGGAAUAGUAGAGAGAGAAUUUCCAAAUCAUUUUAAUCCAGGAAAUUCCAACUGUUUUAAGAUCUCUGCCAGAAACUGUAGCCCACUGCACAGCACACUCUUUGGGAGUCAGGAUUACUUGGGAUAGAUGGCUUUCAAGCACAUAUUUUCAGACCUUAGUCUGCAUAAGAAUCAACUGAGUAACCCACUGGAAAUGGAGAUUCAUGGACCAUCCAGGUUCAGAGAGGCCCU